AGCCACCGACUCAAACAAGCGAAAUCGAAGUACCUUUUUGAUAUUUGAAUUUUCCUAUCAACUUUCUCGGGAAAAUGUCGGGACGUGGAAAGGGAGGUAAGGGAUUAGGAAAGGGAGGAGCAAAGAGGCAUCGGAAAGUGCUUCGCGAUAACAUUCAGGGUAUUACGAAGCCGGCGAUCCGAAGGUUGGCUCGUAGGGGUGGGGUGAAAAGAAUCAGUGGGCUGAUCUACGAGGAGACGCGCGGUGUUCUCAAGAUCUUUCUGGAAAAUGUGAUCCGAGAUGCCGUCACCUAUACGGAGCACGCUAGGCGGAAGACUGUAACGGCAAUGGACGUUGUUUACGCUCUCAAGAGGCAGGGCAGGACUCUUUACGGUUUCGGUGGUUAGAAUGAUUUUAGGAAUCUAUUCACUGGCUUCUGUAAAUCUCUCGCAAUUGAUUGUUGCAGGCUUUUGUUAAGCUAUUUUGUAGUUCAAUGCUUUACUAUCAGAAUGUCCUGCCUUUCAUCUUUAAUGAAAUUUGGCCUCAAUUUCAUGUGAGAA